AUGUCUCGAAUGAGCAAUGCAGCCGCAGAUGACAAUAUCGAACUUAUUGAUAAAGACAACCUCAACCUGCAAUAUCGGCUUCGUAAAUGUGGAGCGACUCGUGUGUUGAUCACAGCCCUAGUGAUACUAUUGGUCAUCGGUGUCAUUGCUGGUGUCAUCGUCAUCCUUCGAUUUAUGUCGAAAGGAACAAAAAAGGCGCCAUUUGAAAACCCGUCCUCAGGUUUGUGCAAAAGCCAUUCAUGCCACUCUAAUAUAACUAGCCUCGUGUUAACCUCGUGCUAACCUUGUAUAGUCUAUGGUUCAAGCAGCUGUUGAUGGGGAGGGAAAGGAGCGCGUUGAAUUACGAAUCUAAUAAACGAGUGCAAAGUAAGAAUAAUAGCAAGCAAGGUAAGUGUGUGCUGAAGCCAUGCACACACCUAAUGGGUUGGAGUUUUGAAGCCUAUAAAGGGUUUCUGACGUGGACUCGCCUUACUUACUCCAUCCUCCCUCCCUAGCUCUCUCCUUGCCUUGCGGUUAGAAAUUUUUCAAACAAACAGAGUACAAAAUUCGACCCGUUCGCAUAUCCCAUACUCUUCCCACUUCACACUUUCCACUUGUUCAACGCACCGCAGUUUCCAUGCGUACUUCAUUGAUUUCACUAUGCUGUCUGCAUGCUAUUUAUUUCCUCAUACGCCAUUUUUCACACGCUACACUUUUCACACCUUUCAUCUUCCUCACUCUAUAUUGUCCACAAUCUCUAUUUCUCACCCUUAACACAGAGAUCAAGUUCAUCAUCAUCAUCACCAUCACGGUACGUUCAGUUGAACAUUCAUUUACAAUGUGCUCUUAAUCAGGACUAAAAUUUGAUUCACCCGAACGAACUUGUACCAAACGAGUGCACGACACAGAAAGUAAUUGAGCGGUACGAGUACGCGCAGGUCUGCCCCAAUUAACAAUUGGUUCAUACGUCAGCGUGCGUAAGAAGCUAGACUUAAGACUUAAGAAGCUAGAGUUGCUCUCGGCUACGCCUCGAUCAACUUUUACACAUCUUUCGUGCUCUCCAAACUUCCCGCGUGCUUCAUAUCUCGAUGAACACACAGCCGACGUAUGAACCAAUUGUUUUAUAACAUUUUCAACCCGAUGGAAAUUUUUUUUCUCGAGGGAUUUGUUUGCUGACGUCAUGAGCGUGCGCAAUAGGAAUAUGAAGCACGCUCGCGCAAUUGAAUUGGAUUAGCCAAAUUUAUUAGCUAUAUUAUAAUAACAAUUGAUCUUCCCAUGAAAUGUUUCGUUUGAUCGGACGUUUAUAUCAGGGUUAUUGGGCUCCUGUGUAUGUCCCAUAAUUAAGGACCAACGAAAAACCGUUAUCAAGCGAUGUAAAAUGGUUUGAACUAUAGAAUUCGUGAAGGGAGGUAAUCUUUACAGCAUCAUUUUGUUUCGUCGAUAUGCCUUAGUUACAUUUUUGCCAGCUUCUUAACUCUUUCAUGUUCAAGUCAUCGAUAUAAUUUCUCCUCGCUGAUAUACUUUUUUCAGCCAUGAGAAUCAAACAAUAUUCCUUAAUCUAUGUAUCUUUUUCCUAUUAACGCCCAUCUGCCAGACAAUGUAAUGAUUCUCUAAGAAGAAACAUCACAUUACUUACAGCCUCACCAAUUUCCUGCAGGCGUCUCACCACUUCCCUGCGAGUUGGUUUUGGAUACAACACAAAUGAAAAAAAUCAAAAUGCUUACAACCCCGUAUAUUUUUCUUUCUCCCUCCCGUUUCCCCAGUUCAGGCCCUUUCUUUUCUACGUCUGUUGUUUCUAGCGGCUUUCUGGGUGAGUACUUCAAUGACGAGUUCCAAAGACACAGCAUGCUGCGCUUGUAAUAUUUUGAUUACAACUUGACGGUACGAGGAACUGGGUGACAAUAUUUUGCGCCAUUUUUAGUUUACCAGCGUCGCCGUUGGAAUGUCUCGAUAGAUAAACUGCGUGCGCGUGGAUUUAAAGAGGCGGAUAAAUUAUUUUAUCUUUAAUCCGUUGACCACAUCGCAAAUGGCACCUAGGGUCGAAGAAUUUAUUAAUUAAUUAAGCCGCAUAGAUUGCACCGUGGAUCUCUUAUAAAAGUCUAAAGUGUAACUCGUGGUGUUAAGGAACUUUGAACUUCUUACAAUUCUUACACAGUUUGAUAGCGUCACGUGCCAACCUUGAAUAUUUAAUUCUCGAGGACAACAUUGAGGGAAUUUCACAUAUUUUUCUCGGGUCGAGCUACAAAACAUUGAGCUGAAAGAAACGAUUCAGUCGAGGUUUCGUCUUAGGGGUUUUGAUAUGUGAGGGACUAAAAUCAGUUAAUAGGUGGGUUUUAAUAAGUUAGUAAGUGGGUUUCCUGGAAAAACAGGAUCAAGGAUCACCGGAUCAAGGAUCACCGGAUCAAGGAUCAAGGAUGAAGAAUCACUUGCCUAGAAAAAGACGUUGUAGUCGUUUUUCCGACGGGAUUUUACGAGAGGCGUGAUUCGGAAAGUGAUAAAAUUGUAUCGCCCCACUGAGUUGAAGAAGAAGAACACGGAAGUCAGAGACGCAAUCACUUAUGCACAAGUAAACCCGCUCUGUAGCUGUCAGUCUUCAAUAGCAGUCCUAGUGGUCGGUAGGCGAAAAUUGACACUUCCACAAAGGGGUAUGGCUUUUUCAGUAGUUAGUAUUUUCUCUUAUUUUGCUGUGACCAAAAUCUUUGAAAAAAUUAUCUACGACCAACUAUAUAACUAUCUAAAUGUAAAUGAUUUAUUAACCAGUCGUUAGUCUGGCUUUCGUUCUCUGCACAGUACGCUUACUGCCUUGCUGGAGACAAACAACAACUGGUGUGUCAAUUUUGACAAAGGUCUACUCAAUGGUGUAAUUUUCAUUGAUAUAAAGAAAGCCUUUGACACUAUAGAUCACGAAAUCAUCUUGCAAAAACUUGCUAAAUAUGGGGUGGAUCAAGAUGCACUGAAAUGGUUGAAAUCUUAUCUAGCAAAUCGUCUACAACGAUGCAACGUAAACAAUCACCUCUCCAGUACAAGCUCUUUAAACUGUGAAGUUCCCCAAGGAUCAAUAAUUGGCCCUCUACUCUUUUUGAUCUACAUAAAUGACCUACCAAAUUGCUUAAGCUUAGGCUCCCCUAGAAUGUAACUAUGCUGAUGACACGAAUGUUACCUUUGCUGCAUCUGACAUGCUUGGUCUUGAGACCCAAAUCAAUACUGAACUGAAAAGCAUUAAUCUCUGGCUCAAACCUAACAAGUUAAGCCUCAAUGUGGCAAAAACUGAGUUUAUGGUCAUUAGCUCGCGUCAAAAAAUGCAGUCUUGAAAUGACAAGACAAUAAAUGUUAAUGUAGAGGGCGUCAAAAUAAACCAAACAGUUCAUAGCAAAGCUCUCGGACUGAACAUAGAUGAAAACCUAUCCUGGAAGGAACACAUACAAGCAACUUCAAAAAAGGUCGCUUCCAGUAUCGGUGCACUUAAGCGAGUCAGACCUUUUAUUUCAAUGCAUACCGCUAUUAAAAUAUAUAAAGGUCCCAUCGAACCACAUUUUCAAAAUGACUACUGCAGUGUUGUUUGGGAUGGCUUGUCUCAACAGCUGUGUGAGAAAUUACAAAAACUACAAAGUCGCGCUGCUAGAGUAAUUACUAAAUCAUGUUAUAAUACGAACUCUAGCUAUCUUCUUAACUCUCUCAGCUGGGAUAACUUAUCAGUCAGAAGGACGAAGAAAAAGGUAAAUUUAACGUACAAAUGCGUUAAUAAGCUCGCCCCAAAUUAUCUUUGUAACAUGUUCACUCCGAGAACUCUGCCCUUUGAUCUUCGUGACGCAAGUCAAAAAUUGUACUUGCCGAAACCAAGAACUGACUACCUGAAGCGUAGCUUCAGUUAUAGCGGAGCUUCUCUUUGGAACGAUCUUCCUGAGGAUAUCCGCAUUACAAAAUCUCUACGCAACUUCAAGAGAAGAAUUGAUAAAUGGCUCUCUGUAUCGGACUCCCACACGGCAAAUAUGUAAACCAGUUAAUAGAAAAUUUUACUUAAGAUAAAUUUCUCCUUUGUUUUCUAUUGUCAUACUGAUAUUUUUACCGUGUUUUAAAUAAAGUUUUCAUCAUCUUUAGCAUACGGGAGAUCUUGACUGAGUUGCGUAAAUGAUCCAACUGAAAGAUGCUGGAAUGAAACAUGAAGAUGAAUAAUGUAUUGCCUACCCUGCAGGCUAUUUUCUUUAAAUAUUCACUCAACUUAAGCUUUUUAAACGCGGCUCAAACUACCGAAGCAUGAAUUGCGACGAAGAAUGUGUGGCACAGACUACGCAUUUGGAAAUAGAUGAUUGACAACUUCCUGUUUCCUAAUCUUACAUUCCGGCGGUGCGUAUCGCGUGGUAAUUAUUAGUUGUCUUUGCGCCAGAAGGUGAAAGCGCAAAUUAUUCCGCCGUGUGUUAUCGGGAAGUUUUUUUGAUUGCUGACUCGCUGCUUUAUCACUUAACCAAAGAAAAACAGCAGUAUCGUGAAGCGCUUUGCUGUUCAGAAUGAGAGGAAUGGGAAACCCAGUGUCGGACGACAGGGUCGAACUCGUCGAUGAUAAUGUUGGUAUAAGGUACCGCCUGCGUAAAUGUGGAAAGACUCGACUGGUGAUUAUAGCUGUUGUGGUGGCGUUUUUGGUUAUCGGUGGAAUUGUUGCAGCUGCUUACUUGCUUACGAGUAAGUUUAGUUAUUUAUAUAAAUCAUUUAUUGUGCAACCAACAUUCCGAAUUCGUCUCGUACCGUGUGGUACGCUUAGAGCAUCUAAAAACUUGUAAAAGAGGCAGUAAUAGAAAUCAAAGGCAAAUGCAGUACACAGGGCCGUUUAGAUCCACUCUGUGGACAUUAAAAAACAUAGAACCAGUAGCGAUAAACAGAUUUUAAUCGAUGAGAUGAAGUAGACUUAAAAGCUAGCUCGAUGUGUCACGAGGCUCAGGCCAAGCUCUGUUCUUUCCCACGUGCGAAGAAAAUGCCCAUAAUAUAUAAUGUUAGUAGGAUCGAGUGUAGUCCAUUUCGGUCGGUAAGGCUUUCUGUAAUUUGCGAAAGGAAACGAAACGAAAUGAAAAUCUUGAAUUAUGCUAAUGAUUUGUUAAAUAGAGAUCGUAAAUGACAGAACCAGUAUUGAUUAAUCACGUAAGUCGAUGUAUUGAUUUUCAGCAGAAGUAGUAGGGUCUCAGACAUUGUGCAUAAUUUCCACUUUGACCAAACCUCGAGCUCCAACCGUGUUUGAUGCUUCAUCAACGAAAAAUAACACUGAUUGUGAAACGAUUGUGUUUAUCUACAGGGUACUUUUGGCAAUGCAAAGAGAAAGCGAAAGAUGUAGUUUGGUUAAGAUCCUUUGACGUGAACUUAAACUCAUUUUCUUUGUGCUUAAACCCUCAGGUCAAUUAAUUAAGUCAAGAAAAUUAGACAAGACACCUGCAUAUAUUGGCGAAUCGUUUUAUGCUCGUAGACCUUCUGAUGUGCCUAUUCAACAAUCCUUUCUGUCAUCACUUGUCUGGGUUAUAAACCCUCGCUACAUGUGUUCUGUUCCCGAUUCAUAAUAUUUGCAUAUCAGAACUAUUCGUUUAUCCUGUUAUCUUUUGCUUAAUAGUCAAGAGAACUUUUGAAAGAAAGGAAGACAGAUUGCUUCCCACCGUUGGUCGCCUUUAUGAGACUCAGCUUUUCAUUCACAGCCACCUUUACUUGAGUGGAAAUUGUUAUUUGCAUAUCCUUCCACAUUAUCAUUUCUUUGGGAUAUCUGUUGCGUGGCAAAGCAAUAAACGACUGCGAGGCGGUCAGAAGGCUUCAGCGAGUGUGGUUCCUACGAGACAUUCUCUAAUACUAUGAACGUUGGCCGUUGAUAAUAACCACAAAAUAAUAGUUUUCAGUCUAUCAUGUCAUGCUUUUGGAACAGGAAACAUUUUCCGAAUACCAAAUAACAAUACUCAGGAAAUAAAAUUGUCACGGAAACCUUCCAUUUCAUUAACGGAAGUUAAUCAUCAAACACAACACGUAUUCGUGUUUCCAUCGCUUCGAACUUUUCUCAGACGUGGUACUCACAUCGUUGAAAGUGGUUGCCUCUUUCCUGCGCAUGCUCAUACACUUAUCACUUGCUUUUCAAAAGUAACUUGCCUUUUAGAAGCCGUUGUUUGGUUUCGCAACGUUUUGCGUGAUGAGACUUAAAAACGUGUUAUCCUUCCCCUCGCUCAGGUUGAAUUUGUUUUGUUCCGCCGUUCAUGGUAUUCUGAAUUUUCUUAUCCCUUUCUUUUUUUCCUUUUUUCUUUUUUUUUUUUUUUUUCUGUAGGGCCGCUCAUUUGCAAGACAGAGGAAUGUUACAAAAUCUCCAAAGGUCGGUGCGACAUAAAUGCCAUAAAAAGCGAAUAGAAGCAGAAUUGAUAACGUCAAUCGACAAGCUGCCUUCCCUGUAGGGGAUGCGGUAAUCUUGCACUGUUAACAACAAUUGCUUCGCAGCGCUGUGGGCGAGGCUCACCUCAAUCCUCCCAGCCACACAUAAGGGAGAGAUUUUUCUCUUUUUCUCCUCCUAGCCCCAGGAUUUUUCCUCCGGCCUCUUCAGUUUUCCUCCCUGUACAAAAACCGACGAGUCUGAUCUUAAUUUGACUGGCAAACUGAAGACGACAAAUGCCUUUUGCCCAUGCACUAUCCGUACUUGUCCCUAUUGGGCACUUAAACCUGUCUUUAUGCUCAGUCAUCAAUACUGUUUCCUUUUAUAAAGUUAUCUCCAAUCAGAUCGACACAAGUAAAGAUCCAUGCGAUGAUUUUUAUGCAUACGCUUGUGGAGGAUUUAUCAAAACGCACCAGCUUAAGGGAAAUCAGAGUUCCGUAGGCGGCUUUACAAUCGUUAACGACGAUAACAUGAAAGUUUUACAACAAGCGAUGGUGAAUGCCACCACCAAAUACAACCAGGUUAGACAUACAGUUUCUUCAUUUAAUUAACAACGGUCAAUUAUUUUUGUAGCACUUCACUCUACGUAAACUUUUCACCAUUUGCGGGAAAAAAUACCUUGCGGAUCAAGCGAUCAUCGAGAUUUUUUUUGGUUAUCUUCCUUCUUCAGUCUUCCUCUAUACUAGCACCAUCUCGUGUCAAGGACGCCGAUCCUAAAAGUCCUUUUUUUUUUUUUUGCGGGAAAAACCCUACCUUGUUGUUUAAUCCAACAUUAGUCAAUUGAUAAUAAGUUACGCGGGGGUUGAUGUUGGGGAAAUAAGGGUCAGUAGCAACUACGCACCAGGUCAAUUGAUAAUAAGUUAGGGUUGAUGUUGGGGAAAGGGAGGGGAGGUGUGUAAUUGCUCAGAUACUGACAUUGAUCCAAAAAUUGAUUGCACCUCUUGGUUCGGAAUAUUUCAUUUCAGUUAACCUCAGAGCAGAAAGAAUUAGUGAAUAGUGGAUGUUCGCUUAAGGACGCCUAUCUUUCAAAUACCCUUCAGUUUCGUUAGGGAUUAGUCAUUAUAUUUCGCCUGGAGAGGGGAGAAUGGGGCGGGAUUGGAGAAUUUUGGUAGAGAUCACAAGUUUUCAGAAGAAAUGGAAAGGGGUAUCAGUUAUCGCCAACAGAGUAUAUAAGGGGGACUGAGGAAAUUUUUCUGCCAUUAACUGCCAGAAAAGUACAUUUCGUAAUCUAAUUUUCCUUUUGUCCGUGAUUCUUUCCAGAGCUCCUCCAUUUUGAAAACCGUCAAGAUUUAUGAUUCAUGCUUAAACACAUCUGCCAUUGAGAGUCGUGGAAAUUCGCCUUUAAAAAAAAUGAUAGAGGAUUAUGGUGGCUGGUCAGUGUCUGGAAAUGGAUCGAAUUUAUGGUCAGUGGAAGAAAAAAUGGGGCGAGUCUUGAGAGACUUGAACGUUCAGACGCUGCUGCAGGUCACUGUAGGAACAGACUUAGAGGAUUCCAGUAAACAUAUUCUUAAUGUAAGUAUUACGAUGGUAUUUUCCCACACCUGUUAUCGUACAAAGGGUUUUUUUUAUUAUAUGGACUGUUUCCAAAAUUGAUACACACAUCAUUGACAUGGGACCCCCAGGUCCAGUUCAGACGCCUAUUUUUUGGCAUGAGCCACAUUGAGUCCACUGAAUCACGAUCGAACGGCCAUUUCGCAGUGGCCGAAUGAGUUCGGAUUGACCCACUCGUUCUUCGCGUUUGUAGUGCGGCGUCUAGCUCAGUAAGGGUGAACAGUUUAACUCGCCGGCUGUUAUUUAUACACCCAACAUUUCACGAUCUGGACCAAAUGCAUCGAUUAUUUUGAUGAAUAUUGAUGAUACUAACUGUAAAUCAAGUUUAGCCGGAUCAAUUCAACCGUUAUAGAUCAAUUUGGGUUAAUUUGGCUCAUGUGAAGUACAGAAUCUGAAGUUGGCUAGGUUUUAAAAACAUAUGACUCAUUACGUCAACAUUUCCGAAUUCGUCCAUUAGAAUUUCAAUUUUUUGUAUGAAAUUUCCGAUUUUUCCUUGGAUAUGGCUAACGGGAGUUCCCGGCGAGAAGUCGAUGAUUGAACCACACUGUGGCGCACAUUGGUAGUGGCUACUUGCUACAAAUGAGGUCGUAUAAGUUUUAAGCACUUAAACGGUAUUACUUUGUACGGGAAUCACUAACUCGAUCAAUUUUUUUUCGUUUAGCUCAAUAUUGCCUCAUUAGGGAUGGGUUUUCAGUACUAUUUUGACCAGAAAGACAGCAGCGUAAAGGUUGGUAUAUAUAGAGACUGUUUUCCUCUGGCCCUUACAAGGCUCGGUUCGAAGGGCAUUUUCUGUCUGAGGACUGGUUCAUUUGUAGUUUUUGGGACUUACGUAUGAAAGCGAAAUCUGUUGUAAAUUUUGAAGGGGGUCAUUGAAGGUGUAAUACCAGAAUAACUCUUUAAGAGAUUCAAUAAUUAGGAAACUAUAUGUACCUUAUAACUGAAGAGUGUAAAAGAAUUUCAAUGAAAUAAAGGAUGUUACACGACGGCGAUAAGAUUUGAAUUUUAUGCGCGAGUGAAAAGAACAAUAUCUAACUGGAGAGCACAGCGAAAAGUACGCCGCUCGGUUUACGGAUGUAGUGGUCGUGUUGAUUAAAUGAGGGUUUUAGUUCACGAUAAACACUCCGGUCCUUACAAUAAUAUACUCUACUACGCCUCGUAGUCUGCAGCCAGCGAGUCAAUUUAUUUGCCGUCUAACUUUCCAAAAACCUCAAUAGUCAGUCGACUGUUCCGCAUUGACAUAGUGACGGAUGAACCAUGAUAACAAAGGCAAAAAAAAAAUUGAAAUGAAAUUUAUCAUUUUUCGACAGAACGGCGAAAUAAAUAGAAUAAACUAAUUUUCAAAGGUAAAGUUUCCGUUUAGAGUUCAUCACGUUUAAAAGGGUUGUGAAGUCAUAAAAUCGUGCGCUACAGGCCAGUUCUUCUCUUGCGUGAGCUAAUGAGGAUCCAAAAUUUUGGCUUCUAUUUAUUCUUUUCCUUGAUUCCCUGUUGUGUUACUUUACCGUUAUGGUUAGCCAUGUGUAUGUAAACAUAACUAUUGAGCAUUCAAAUACUCCAUUUACAGGUCCGCACGGCGUACAAGACUUACAUGAAAACUAUUGCCAAGCUGCUUGGAGGAGGGUCUUCUUCAGAUUACAAGAUGGAUGUUAUAUAUGAUUUUGAGAGGAGCAUUGCUGAGGUGUGUUAUUGUCUUAAUUGCAGAUAACAAUGUAUGACGAUUUCAGCCGGGCAGGUUCUAUUUCAAUCAGGGGAACGAUUAACCAAAGUUUCUUUAUCUUGUUGGUAACAAAAGAAAACCGUCAAUUGUAACCGUUUUCUUUGAAAUAUUUUUUCAGUCAGUGGAUCCCGACACAGUGUCUGAAGAUAUAAUAGAAUCUCUUAUGGAGCAUCACAGAUCUGGGCGAUCUCUAGACGAAUUGGACAAGACAAUUAGAGACUUCUCGUCUGCCUCAGGUUUUGAUGUAAGUAAACCUGGCGAACAUGAUAUAACUAUACCUAUAUUGGGAUGGUGGAGGUAGAAAUCACAGCUAAAUUUGUUUCAAAUUUAUGAUAUCGCUUUCUAUCGUGAGUUAUUGUAUAAAUUAGCAAGAAGAAUAUCACUUCCUGUGGCACUAGACUUCUUUAACUUAAGAUGUGCCUCAUUUCUCAAAUUGACGCUCUCGGACGAUUCUCUUAAACAUAACGAUGCCCUUGUCAGCGUUAGAACUACGGCAUCGAUCCACAACAUCGUCAGGGAAUUCCAAAGUCAAGGCCUCAAUCGAAUCGUUAAGGUAACUUUUCCAAUGGUACUAAUGGCCCUGACUUGAAAUUGUACUAGUGCCCUUUUUCCAUAGGGGACAAUUAUUACUGUGUGUCCGAAUGAAAAUUUUCUUUUUAAGAGGGGUCUUACAACUGUUACUGAAGUUAUUUCCUUUGCUUAGCUUACUAACUCUCCUUCUCUUUCUCUCACAGACAAUGUUCGUGACGGGAUUUCUGGACGCGGCAUUCGUCAACCAGGGAAAAUAUUUCAGUUCGUACGAUAAAAUCUAUUAUCCUCAAGCAGAUGUUUAUACAAAAGUAUUCAAAGCGAUGGCAGAACAAUACAGUCGACCGUGAGUUUUACAGGUUCAAGAGAAUCUUUUUUAUGCUCGAUAGCUUUAAUAUGGUGCUCAAUAGCCUGUUGCAGGCGUUCAGGUAGAAAAACGGAUCGAAAUGGCAAACGGCGCCCCAGUAGCGGCCGAGUAAAAAAGUAAGAGAAGGCUGGGCCGAUCAGACCUCGACCUUAUUUAUUUAGAACCUUAUUUAUCGCACUCCUAGGCGAUAAAUAAUUUCUGCCCCCUAAAAGAUCUUUGUUGGUUUUCUCCAACUGCAGAGACAAACAAACCGUCAAGGAUUACAUCAUGUGGCGUGUGAUUGACAACUAUGUGAUGUCAAUGCCUGACAAGUUUGUGCAAGCGAAACUAAAAUACGCGCGAGCAGUGAGAGGACUGGUAGCAUACGAAAGAUGGUCUGAAUGUCUGGAAACCAUGAUAUCGCCAGUGGGCUUCACUUUAGGGCGUUUGUACGUCGACGCGAAUUUUGACGAAAGUACUAAAACAACGGUAAGAUGGUUGAAUGUCUUUCCUUAAAAAAAAUAUCAAACCUAAGGGUCACACUGUGGUAUUUCACGGCGCAUUCUCAUUGCGCAUCAUGUUACGCGUGAGUAGAGCGCUUACAUCAAUGAUGGCAAAUUGUUUUUAACUCCGAAACUCGCCACAGAGGAAAAUAUUAAUUUUCUCGUUAAAUUAGAGAGAUAGGCGACUCGUCGUAAUUCCUUCUGUUUUGCCAUGGUUUUGUUGUUGUUUGUUUCCUCUGUCAUGUAAUGCAGCAAGGUCAGACUCUGAAACGAACCGUUCAUUUGUCAAUUUAUUUAUUUAUUGAUUUGUUUACCUGUUUAUCGAUUUAUACACGCCACAUUCACUUGCGACAAAGCUUAUUUAACAUCGAGAGAAGAGCGGAAUUUGUUGGUGGCAUUAUAGCCUUAAAUAUUAUUGAGGAGACUUAAAAUGUAUACUUAAUUCAUUUUUCUGUAACCAGGUGAAGGACAUGACUGCUCGUCUCCGCCAAAGUUUUAUUGAUAAUCUGGAUGACGCAGACUGGAUGGAUGACAGUACAAAACAAUCGGCUAAAGGAAAGGUAUGCUUACGUACUUAAUAUCAAAUUUUACUCAAAAUUUUACCCAAAAUUUUCUAACGUGAUUGGUAGCCAUACGAUUUGAACACUGAUAGAUAAGAAAGCUGUACGUAUCAUUUGCGCGCUCUGUUAAAUAGAUUGUUUUUUACCAUGCAACGAAGUUUUUGCUCGGGUAAACUUUCCACGAGAAUCACCAGCUCGUACUUUUGAUGGUUCUUGAAACGAUUGAAUUGAAGCAGCUUCGCCGAACGAACUCAUAAACUUGAAACUCUCCCUCUAAAUGUACUUUUUAUAUUUCUUUAUCGAAGGCGAAAGCAAUCCAAGAGGACAUCGGCUACCCCCCUUUCAUCAAAGACAACAAAAAACUCGACGAGCAGUACUCACUGGUGAGUACUGAAAAGAGCUGGUUGGAGUUAAUAAUGUCUUGAACAAGAUCACGAUAAUAAAUCAAUGUUAGUCAAAGAAGGCAUUUGUCACAGCGCACAGAUGGAAAAAUUUAAUGGAUUGCUGGAUUACUUUCGACGAAAUUCCUCAGAGGCACAGAUGUGGGAAAAUCAUUAAUUCUUUAAUUUCUGGUUGUACUUGCGUGUAGCGUUGGAAUAACACUGGGCACUAGUCUGGGCACUGGUGUGCUGCUACUAAAAUAGAUAUAUUUUUUGCCAAAUAUUUAGCUGAAUGCAGGAGAUGAUUAUUUUGAAAACACCGUGUCAAUGAAGUAUAUGGUCGUACAAAAGAAUUUUGAUCUUCUUGGAAAACCAGUCGACAAGGACAUGUAAGUGUAACGGAGCCCAGGUUCUUAACAGUAUGACUGUUUAGCUUAUAAAUCUUUGACUUGUCCAGGAAUGCUUACGAAUCAGGUUUUGAUUGUAAAUUUCUUUGAAAAUUGUUAGUUUUAGCACAGUCCACAAAGCUUACCUCUCUAUUGAAAACACGUAUUAGAUAAAGUUUUUUUACUGAGGUGAUUCAUGUUAGUAGCGUGAAAAGUCGCAGAUGGUCAGGAGAGCGCAACUGUAUGUUCUUUAACUCCCUGCCUCGGUUUCUCACCCUUUUCCGCUCUCUCUCCAGGUGGAUGCAAAGUCCUGCACAAGUAAAUGGAUAUUACAGUCCACAGCAAAACCGGAUAGGUGAGUUACCUUUAGAGCGAUUUUCGAUGAGGUGUCUUAAAAAUAUUAUAGAACUCAAAGUAGAAACAAGCAAACUGCCUGAAGCGUGGUAAAGCGCGAAUGACAAAGUCCUGAUAACUCCAGUUUUGCUUUCAGUUGGUUGAGGUGGUGCGAAUUUUCUGGACCAAUAAUAGAGCAUUGUGAAGCAGAACCAAUUCAAUUCCGAAUUUCUUUCCACUCGCAAGUGCAAAUCCCUUUAACCCUUUUUCAAGCCGAGUAGCUAGAAAAGUGGCCAGACCUUUGCAAUCUCAGUGUAAGGUCGUAUUGGUUAUUAAUAACUGGAUCAUAAGACAGAGCACCACUCGCGUUUUAGCUGGAAGUAGACCCUCACUCUUUUGAUGGACUGGUCUCCACCGUGAGAUAUUACAUAACAAGGACUUAGGAUCUCAAGAUAGUUAAUCGUUUUUUUGUUUUUUCUUCGUAGUGUUUUUGGCUGGAAUUCUACAAUCUCCAUUUUACAGAAAGAAUUACCCAAAGUAAGCAGCUAAUAAUAUAUUUAGGCUUAUGUCCUGAAAGAUGGAACGCUCCAGUUUUUUAGAGUAAAUGAACUGUCGAUAAAUAAUGAGAAAAGUGUCUCAGGCGAGCUGCAUUUUUUACUGAUGAAGACAUUAUUCUAGCUGCAAUAAAUGUCCGCAGAAUAGAAUAAUCUUUUAUUUGCAAGUCAUGCAUUAUAUGAGACACAAUAAGGAGAAUAUUUUUUAUUCUUAAAAAAAGUAUGCCUCAGAAAUUAUGUAGCUUGUCUAAGCGUUUAGAGACGUAUUUCUUGCAGGUAUAUUGAUUACGGGUCAUUAGCAAUGGUCAUUGGACAUGAGAUCACCCAUGGAUUUGACAGCCAAGGUAGAAACAACAGUAACAAUAACACUGGUAACAGUAUCAAAACAAAAAGAGAUAAAUUACUUCAACGAAAGAGGAAUCAAGCUUUACAUAUCAAAUACUUGCAUAGGUAGGAAGAGUCUUGUAUGAACAAGAUAGCACUGGAUCGAAGGUGGAAAUCAGGACAUAACCAAGUUGCUUAGUAAGUUUGGGUCAAUAUCAGUAUCUGAGCAGCUUCUCACCUACCCCUCCCCAACAACGUUAAACUGGUUGCAAUUUGGGGUAAUGCUGGAUGGGGAAGGGGUAGGUACGCAGAGUCGCCCACACUGACAUCGAUGCGGAAGUUUGAGGACUGUUUUGAUUGAUUUCUUUGUUCCUCCACAGGGCGGCUUUAUGAUAAGAAUGGCAAUGUGAAAGAUUGGUGGUCAUUGUCUUCGACUUACAGUUUUGCAAGCAAAGCCGAAUGUUUGGUGAAUCAGUACAACAACUAUGACGUGUUUGGGACAUAUGUAAGUCAGAUUCAACAGAAAUUCAGCUACAGUUAAAAAUUUAGGAAUCAAUCAAUCAAGUUAUAAAUGUUACUGCGUGAGAUCAGGUUUUCCUGUGAAUUCGAGCCCGAAGCUUAUGUUUAGAACUCAUUACAGUUAGAAAAAGAAAAAAAAAGCAUAAAAUAAAAGAAAAAAAACGAAACUUAAAAAAAUACUUGUUAUAAUAUCAGUCUAAAACAAUUUAACAUAUCUGAGAUAAAAAGUAAUUACAUUUGCAGCUGACCUUAAAGUUUGAAUUAAAAAAUGUCCUCGACUUCUUGCGAAAGUCACUCAAGUUUGCUGAUUGCUUAAUAUGUGACGGAAGGUGAUUCCACAAAUGCGAUAUCUAGUGAGUAAAUGAGUUAUUAUAAUACCUAUAAUGAUAGAUGGGUUGAACAAGAUUAUGACCACUAGUCCUUAAAUUAUAAUGGAUCUUACCAGCUCGAAAAGAUUAGAGAUGUAAUCAGACACAUUUUCCUUUAUACAUCUUAAGAAUUAGAUGAGAGAUUGAUCGUACCUUCUUUACUCUGGAGAAUAUAUAUUAGCAGCGUAUAAUAUAGAAUCAUAAUCUUAGCUGUUAUCUAAGUUUAGGAGGGCUUUUAUCGUGUAGCAGUUAGCUGAGUCGAGUUUAAGGAUCAAAGUCUUACAAUCUCUGAUGGAAGUGGACGGCAGUAUUCAAAGUGUGACAGUAAAUAAGCCGUGUACAGCAUAAGUGCAACAUCAGUUAGCACCAACUCUUUUAGACUUCUUAGAGCUCCAAUUUUGGCAUCAAGGUCGCGUGGCUGAUAUGUGGUCUUUGAACAUAACACUUUAUCUAAGUGUCCAUGUCUCCAGCUUAAAAAGCUAAUAGGGGACAACAAAAUAAUUCAAUUGUAAAAUGAAUUUAUCACUCAAAUCUAAAAUUUAUAAAAAUUAAAAUUUAAAUGUUAAAAAUUACGGAGUUAUCCCCACUAAAAUAUACAGAAAAUGCUAAAGAUAUUUCUUAAAAUUCUCAAGAACUACAAAUAAGACAGGAGCCUUAAUUGUCACUUAUAAGAUAUGCAAGAUGAAUAUCCGGUAUGUUGGACUUGAGGCAUUUGAAGCAUUUAAACAUUUUAGUUUCCUUUGUUAAAAAUAAACAUAGGAGAAAUGCUAAAAUAGAAAUGGAGAUACUGUUAUCAUAAAGUCAAAUGUUAAAAUCGUUUUGUUUUAAAUUUUUUUUGCAGAUAGAUGGUAAACAGACUUUGAAUGAGAACAUUGCUGACAAUGGUGGAAUAAAGCUUGCUUAUGAUGUACGCUUCACACAAACUGUUUGUUUGUUUGUUCUUUUUUUGUGUGUGUAUCCUUGUUUUUUCUUUAUGCCUGUACUGCGCUAGCCUCAAGUGCUUACGUUCCUAGGCCCGUCACGUUAUCAUUCCUCCUCCUCGUAGGAACGAGUGAUUGCCUGACGAACUUUAGAACGUCUGUACUGAAGGCUAGUGGUAAACAUGCAGUAUGCAUCAUCAGCGGACAAUACAGUUCGUCAUGUAAGUGAUGUAAGAGAACGUAAGUUAAAUUCCCAUUGGCGGUAAACGUUUUGUCCAGACAAGGGCUUACUUUCGCAGGGUCGCACUUCAUUGAUACCAUGUGGUUGCUACCUACACGAUUUUUUAUGAUAACAUAAUCAGUUAGCUAGCUCAUUAGUCGGCUUUAUGUCUUAAUUUUUACAAACGUCAGUGAUAACCUUCCCUCUCUCUCAACGGUUGUAUUUUUAAGUUGUAUUUAAAACAGUUUUUACUUUUUAGUGCAUUGCGAAACUCAGACAUCUUAUUUCAUUUUAUUCCCAGGCAUAUGAGUCGUGGGUUAAAGAUAAUAAAAAAGAAGGACAACUGCCUGACUUGGGUUUGAGCGUGGAUCAACUGUUUUUCAUAGGAUUUGCUACGGUAAAUGGUUCUCGAUUGUCUUGUUGUGAAACUUAAGUAAUCUUAAGAGGCCAACGACAACUCAAAGGAAACACAACUAACCUCGGCUCUGGAAUUUAAAGAAUGAAACAUUUUAACAGGCCACUUUUUCAAGAAAGGGCUGGGAUAUUCCUUAUUCGUUGUACUGUGUGCAUAUGAAAAGCUGCAAAUCGUCAUUUAGGUCAUCUCAGUUUCUUUACAAGCGAGCGCUCUGUUUAACCCUCAACACGGGCUAUAGUUUGGUAAGUGCGACGCGAAAAAAGUGGUGCAAGAGGAGACUGGGUCAAAUAGAAUGGUGUGGCUAAUUUUCUUUUAAUUCGUACUUAACUCCUUUUGCUUUUAUCCUCUUAAGGACGAGAUCUUAAGAAAAUAAAAGAUAGUUUACCUCUCGAUCUUCAUCGAUGAAUUACCCUCUCUAUACUUUUCACUUUAGCCUUGGUGUAGUGUAUACAAGAAAGAAGCAGCUCUUUUCCAAGUGAAGUCUGACGUACACUCGUUUCCAAAGUACAGGUAAAUUGUAAUCAGUUCUCCUAUUUGUCAGGCCAAUUCUGACGCGCCAGUCUAGUGCGCAGGAACCCGCCAAAAUCUUAGAUAGCCGGGAAAAAUAGAUAUAAUCACCAAUAAGUCUGUAUGAUAUUUAUGUAGUGGGUUAAGACAUGAAAACACAGUUGUUACAGUCUUUUUCGUUUCUAAAUAAAUCAUCAGCCUCGUUUGCCUCCUAUUGCGAUAAAAGAUUUUCCUUAAACCGCGUGCGCCGAAAUUUCUUCCCUAAAUUUUGCCUCUUGUCCAAUAGUCAGACAUAGCAUUUUGGGAUCAAAGAGUUUUCAAGAAAAACUGUUUCAAGGCGAAAUUUUCGGGCUUAGAUGACUUGACUAGGGGAUGGUCCAAAUAUCUUCCAAACUACCAAUUCAUAUGAAGCUCGUUCAAAAAUUGUACUCUUGUCAACAGGGUAAUUGGUCCACUGUCCAACUUCAAAACGUUUGCAGACGCUUACAGCUGCAAAAAAGGAAAGGAAAUGAACCCGAAACAGAAGUGCUCUGUGUGGUGA